CACACAAUCGGCAUGCGGGAGAGAGAGAGUAAAAGGGAAACAGAGAAGAGAGCAAGUGGAUGGGGGAGAGAUCUAAAGGCAAUUGUUGCUUAAGAAAUUUCAUUUCUGUCCUAGAGGAGCCAGCUGGGAUUGGAUAUUGCAGGUUAAACGGAACCAGGCUGAAGACACAUCCAGACCACUCAAGGCGAUGGCUGAGUUUAACGAGUACGCUCAGAUUCAGCUCACAUAUGUGCCAUCGAUAACACAGCAAAGAGCUCUUCAUUGUCUUCUGUAGGAGACGGUCAAGCUUUCUGUCGUUUUACCUGCAGACACUAUGAGGAACUCGGUCGCUCUGAGCCAGCCGGGCAUUCUACUUCUUCUGGUCACAUGUCCUCUGCUGACUAUCCUGCAGGGUGUCACCUGUAAGGCAGAGAGUGGACACUUAGGGGACAAUGAUCCUGACAGGUGUAUGAGACACCACUUUGUUGAGACCAUCACACAUCCUAUCUACAAGUGCAAUUCAAAGAUGGUCCUCCUGGCUCGAUGUGAGGGUCACUGUAGCCACACUUCUCGUUCAGACCCACUGAUUUCUUUUAGCUCUGUCCUGAAGCAGCCUUUCAAAAAUACAUGUUUCUGCUGCCGUCCACACACCUCCAAACUGAAGGCAGUACGUCUUCGAUGCUCGGGUGGGACACGGAUAACCGCUACUUACCGUUACAUCCUUGCGUGCAGCUGUGAGGAGUGCAGCUGAAUGAAUUUGUCAUGGAGAAAGACCCUCUGGGCUGAAACACACAAAAAAGUUUGAAGGUACACUUUAUUGCUGAUGAUUCAGAGCAACCAUUUUACGAUUCAUUAGCACUGCCGAAAUGUUGCCAACAACCCAUCGAGACUUCAAGAAGAAUCACAUCAUGUGUAAAGCGGCGCAUGCACUCGGAUUUCCAGAUGUCGGCCUGCUUGUCACACCAGCGCAUGCGCUCAGCCAGUCAAUUUACUUUUAUUGCAUUCCAUUGUUUUGAUCACUGCGUGUGUAAAAUAGCGGAUGCUGACAACAACAUCGUAAAUCUUGAAGGAAAUUUGAUGAAGCUAAGUGGGAGUCACUUUGGUGGACUACGUUUUACAAUAUCAGAGAGGCUAAAUACAAACCAGGACAGAGAAGCCUCAAUGUUUUCAUAGACAAUGAUAGUGGUGAACUAUAGUUUGUUUUAUGUCUAGGAUAGAGUUUCAAAUUCUCCCCUCCAGCCCCAAUUUUUUAUUUAUUCUGUUAUUAUUAUUUACUCAAAUCUCAUGUCAUUCAAAACCAGGGGCGUGUUGCUUAAAACCAUCAACCAACCAGGUUAGCAAGUUCAGUUUUUACAAACAUAACAAUUUGGCAUUACCAGAAUGCAUAGUUAACAAGAAAAUUCAUAAACAUCACAACAGGCUUGUGUGGUUAUGGCUUCAGCUUUCUUUCUGUGUUUAGAAGCAUAUCUUCUUAAUGUGACAUAUGAACCCUAAGAAAGCAUGCACUUGGUAAAUGCGUCAUGGAAAAUAAGUAAUGUAAAUUGCAGAACAUUUUUCAUGCUUUAUUCCAAACAUAAAACAAGAGUGUGCAUGUGCACACUUGCUCCGGUACCAACAACAGAGUAGUUGAAGAACAAAUCUUUAGAUGCCAUGUUUGUAGUUGUUUUUGCAGCAAUAAUCUAACAUUACUGACCUUAAACUGUUUAAUUACGAGAGCUUGUCACUCCACCACCUGCGACAUCACUAAAGUUAUGACUAGCUAGUUAGUUUUUGUCAAGAGAGUUAUGUCAUCAUUCAAGAAAUGCACCCUUGUAUGACAUUUCAUCGCUCUUGUUUAAUUUAGACAAGUGUAUAGAAUUCAAAACAACAUGUUCCCUUUCAGGAUGACACGGUGGCUCAGUGGUAAGCACUGUUACCUCACAGCAAGAAGGUCGCUGGUUCGAAUCCUGGCUGGGCUAGUUGGCAUUUCUCUGUGGAGUUUGCAUGUUCUCCCCGUGCUCGCGUGUGCAUCCGCUGUGUAAAACAUAUGCUGGAAUAGUUGGCGGUUCAUUCCGCUGUGGUGACCCCUGAUAAAUAAAGGGAAUAAGCUGAAGGAAAAUGAAUGAUUGAAUGUCCCCUUUCAAAUUGUACAGAAAAAAAUAUAUAUUUUUAUUUUUGUUCCACAGAAGAAAUAAAGUCAUACAAUUUUUGGGUUACAGGUAGGUAAAUAAUAAUAGAACUCGUUAUUGUGUGAUCUGUCUCCUUAAAGUCUCUGGAAUUGCCCAUGUCCCAGCAUACAUUUUUGCUUCAUUAUACCUAAUAAUAUAGUAACAAAGAAAAAACUCUUGUAUUGCCAAUGUCAAACUUUGUAAACCUUGUGUACAUGAUUUUACUGUGGGGGUUUACAAUCUACCAUGCCGGACUAUAUGUGGAAAAUGUCAGUUUUAAGUGUUUAUUUCAUCAUCAAAGUAUGACAAUGGCUCAUAACACCUAAUAGCAGCAGGUUGUCAAGUUAAUCACCUACAUCUAUGAUAACUAUGAUGUUUGCAUUGUGGAAAUGUACAGUAAAUGACAAGAACCAUAUAUAAAUACACAAAAAAAAAUGUAUUGUUCCUCAAAUUUCUCUAUGUCUAUGGAAAUAAAUUCAACCUCUACAUAUUCCUGAAACUGUACUGCUGGGAAAUUAUAACAAUUUGCUUGCUGGACAGGUUUGAGCACCACUAAACCUUGACAGCUUUUUGGGCUCUGCGCAUGAAUCUAAUAAACAGUGCCCUUUUGUUUUUAAA